AUGGUAUCAAUUAAAAAUUUAUAUUUAGUAUUAUAUAAUGUUAUACAAACAAUUGGAUGGAGUAUUAUAUUAUUUAAAUUAAGUAUUCAUUUAUUUGAAACUCAAUCACCAGUUGGAGUUUGGGAAAAAGUUGGAGCGUUAGUAUCAAUUUUUCAAUAUGCAGCAGUAUUGGAGAUUGUUCAUUCAGUAUUUGGUUUAGUAAAGACAUCAGCAGCUACAACAUUUAUUCAAGUAUUUUCACGUGUUGCAUGUGUAUUCUUGGCACAAAACGUACCAACCACUCAAAACCAUUUCUUCCUUUCAUUGAUGUUAAUGUCAUGGUCAAUUACAGAAGUAAUUCGUUAUAGUUUUUACGCACUUUCAAUUCUAAAGAUCGAUUCUUACAUUUUGGGUUGGUUAAGAUACACAACUUUCAUCAUACUCUAUCCAACCGGUGUCACUGGUGAAACUGGUACAAUUUGGACAAGUUUGGAAUUCGUCAAGAACACUAAAUUUAUGACAUUGACAAUGCCAAAUUCUUUGAAUUUCGCAUUCGACUUCCAUAAUAUUUUAAUUUUCUCUUUAGGUUUCUACGUUAUUGGUUUACCAUAUCUUUACACUUAUAUGUUAGGUCAAAGAAAGAAGUUUAUUGCUUCUCAUAAAAAAGGUUCAACUACAAAUAUUAAAAAAACAAAUUAA